CUUACAGUCUAACUUCCUUCCUGCUUUUUGUACAUUAGACAAGCGUACUACGCUGCAGCUAAGUGCUGAAGAACACAACGGGUCAAUAUAGUCAGAGUAUGGAUAUGCAGAUGUGGACACCAAAAACAUAACUUCUACGAGGAUUAGAUCCUUUACGGAAACUGAGAGACGGAUCGUGCUUUCAUACUCCGUUGAUCAGACGUUGGAUGUUAAGACCAGACUGAGCCGUGUUUAGAUAUCUUAGUAUUCCAAUCGUGUGUGAGGAUUCGACAGGGACCGAUCUGUGUGGAAAGCCUCUCUGCUUUUGGAAUAAGCUGCUUUUAUCAAGAAGAUGUUGUCAUUAGCAUAGCUCAGACGGGUCAACUGGUUUCUGACUUCCACUCGCACCACUUCACCAUCUAAGUCGGCCAAGUUUCAAGUGUCUGCCUUACAUAUCACCUCCCUCCCACCUCCCCAAACCAUGCCGGGGUUCGAAGGCCACUGGAGCAAGCAGGAUUAGACUAAAUGGGAGUCCCUCAGGAGAGUGACAGCCUGAUAUUAUGGCUGCAUAUGUCCUGAACAGUUUGAUAAUGAUGAAUACCAACAAUCUGAAAAGUGACAGCAGCCCUCGGACAGCGAGGCCAGUGUUGCCCGUGCCGGACCGAGCCACCUACUGCCAGCUCCUGGUAGGCGGGGGCCAGUACAGCCCUGGCAGCUUGAGUCCCGGAUCCUCUAGCACCUCUUUCGUCUUUCCCAGGCCCAGCAGCCCCCGGGCUCGCUCCCCCAGCCGGCACGCAGACUUUCUGGGCGUGAGCGUGGGCAGCAGGGUCCGCCGGCUCAGCGGCAGCCCCAGCAGGGGCGGGCUGAGCGACGGCAGCGAGCCCUACGGUGAGCAGAGCCCGAGGCGGAUCAAACGCACCGUGCAGAUGCCGCAGAUCCACCGGGAGCUACAGAACGUGCAGGUGAACAAAAAAGUGGGCCUGUUUGAGGCUCAGAUCUCAGGCCUCCGCACCCAGGCGCAGAACUCCGAGAUCCAGCGCAGCCCCCGGGCGCCCCGAAGGUCGGGCCUGGCCCCAGAGUCCAGCGAGCCGGUGCGGGAGGCGGUCAGGGCUCGGGCGCUCUCCCCUCUCCCAAGAGACUGCCUUCCUAGUGUCCCCAAGGAGCUGCAGAACGGGAAGGGGUGUUGUGGCUCGGAGGGCAUGGCGGAAACCUGCAGAAAGGAAAAGAGUGACCCAAAUACAGAACAGAGCAGGCAGAAUGCAAACAAAACAGUGGGAACCCGGACCAAUGGCUCAGCCACCAGUACACUGGGACUUGGCAACAGCCAGUCUGCCAGUUCCUUGGGGGUUAGCAGCAGUAGCUCUGCCAGCUCCCUGGGGGUUGGCAGCAGCUUGGCCGAGACAGCGGGGGCAGCGCUUGGGUCCGAGAGCUGCCUGACAGCUGAAGAAGGGACGCUGAGGGAAUCCCAGUCCCAAGCUGGUGUGGGGAGCUGCCCCGAGGUCGGGAACAUCCCCGCCGUCAUUGUCACCGACCACGGGAUGGAGGGAGGCGGGGAGGGCAUGGAUAUGCAGCCCAGCCCCAGCUCCACCCGAGCCCUGAGGAAGCUGUCCUCCUCCUCCGCCUCAUCCACGGGCUUCUCCUCCUCCUGGGAGGAGUCUGAGGACGACAUCUCCAGUGAUCCUGAGCGUGGGGAGGGGCUGUCCCCCGCAUUCCUGCAGACACAGCAGAAAGCACAUAAAUCAUGGAAGAAGAUAAAGAAUAUGGUGCACUGGUCUCCCUUUGUGAUGUCCUUCAAGAAGAAGUACCCCUGGAUUCAGCUAGCGGGUCAUGCAGGCAGCUUCAAGGCGGGGGCGAACGGCCGCAUCCUGAAGAAGCACUGCGAGUGUGAGCAGCGCUGCCUGGACUGGCUGAUGAAGGACGUGCUGCGGCCCUACGUGCCGGCCUACCAUGGUGACGUGGAGAAGGACGGCGAGAAGUACAACCAGAUGGACGACCUGCUGGCCGAGUUCGACCUGCCCUGCGUCAUGGACUGCAAGAUGGGAGUCAGGACGUACCUGGAGGAGGAGCUGACGAAGGCGAGGAAGAAGCCAAGCCUGAGGAAGGACAUGUACCAAAAGAUGAUUGAGGUGGACCCAGAUGCGCCCACCGAGGAAGAGCAUGCCCAGCAGGCUGUUACAAAGCCCCGCUACAUGCAGUGGAGGGAGACCAUCAGCUCCACCUCCACGCUGGGCUUCCGCAUCGAGGGCAUCAAGAAGGAAGACGGGACUGUGAACAGAGACUUUAAGAAAACCAAGAGCAAGGAGCAAGUGACCGAGGCCUUCCGCGACUUUGUCAAGGGAAACGAGAACAUCCUGAAAAGUUAUCUGAACAGACUAAAGGACAUCAGGGAUACUCUGGAAAUAUCGCCCUUUUUCAAGACGCAUGAGGUGAUUGGCAGCUCUCUUCUCUUCGUCCACGACAAGCGGGAACAGGCCAAAGUGUGGAUGAUUGACUUUGGGAAGACCACGCCCUUACCAGAGGGCCAGGUCCUGAGCCAUCGAGCCACUUGGGAAGAGGGGAAUAGGGAGGAUGGCUACCUCUGGGGCUUGGACCACCUCAUAGACAUUCUCACCCACAUGGUGCCACCAGACUCCCACUAGGAGGUGCCCUUGGCCUGGACACUCGCACUACAGGAAUUUCACAGAAAGCUACCGCUGGUCCCUCGCAAAAAAGAAAAGCAAACACAAGCCACCAUAUGAACGUAAUAUCUGGUGUGUGUUUGUGUUUGUGUGUGUGUGUGUGUGUGUGUGUGUGUGUGUGUGUGUGUGGGUGCG